GUCACGGCGGGGGCCGGGGCGGGGCGCUCCGGCGGGAGCCGCUGCCCUUCAGGGCGUGCGGGCACGGCCCUUGCCAGGGACCGUGAGGAGCGGCUGGGGAAGAGCUCGGGGCAGCCCUGAAAUUCGAUCUUAAAAGGCCCGGUGUGCAGACGCCAUGGGUUUGUCCGCAUCCUCCCCGGCUGCUGCACAGCAGUCACCAAAUGCAUCCAGGCAAUAUCAGACGGCAUCUCCACCUUCAGAAUGUCCCAUGCAUCAGGAAAAAAUGAACGGUUGUCCAAUGCACAUGAAGACUGCUGAUCAUAGAACGGAGAACACAGAUGAUGUUCCUGCACAUCAAGAAAGAGCUUAUGAGUUUGUAGCAUGUCCUGUGAAGUCUGGUGCAUCUCAAAUGAAAGAUGACAUAGAUCCCAGCAAUAUGAUGCCUCCUCCCAAUCAGCAGCCAUCCCCAGGUCAGCCAUUUCCAUUGUCAACUGUUAGAGAAGAAUCUUCCAUUCCUAGAGCACAUUCUGACAAGAAAUGGGUCUACCCUUCAGAGCAAAUGUUCUGGAAUGCUAUGCUAAGAAAAGGGUGGAGGUGGAAAGAUGAUGACAUAACGAGUGAAGACAUGACGAACAUUAUUAAGAUUCAUAAUCAAAAUAAUGAGCAAGCUUGGAAGGAGAUUUUGAAGUGGGAAGCUCUACAUGCUGUGGAAUGUCCAUGUGGGCCGUCGCUGAUGCGGUUUGGAGGCAAAGCAAAGGAGUACUCACCAAGAGCCAGAAUACGUUCAUGGAUGGGGUACGAGCUACCCUUUGAUCGGCACGAUUGGAUAGUCGACCGGUGUGGGAAGGAAGUGCGCUACGUUAUCGAUUACUACGACGGCGGAGCAGUGGACAAGAACUACCAGUUCACCAUCCUGGAUGUGCGCCCUGCGCUGGACUCACUCUCGGCCGUCUGGGACAGAGUGAAGGUGGCCUGGUGGCGCUGGACUUCCUAAGUGCUCCUGUGGUGUGUACUCGAAAAGUAACCACUUUCUCCUAGACAAUGGACGUGUGAAUAUCAGGACUUGAGACAGAAGUUCACUGCAGCUGUCAUUGCUUUCAUCGUCACCACUGUUCUUUGUGGGUGGGAAAGGGAGUUCAGGGAAUUCUCUCGUUGAGUACACCAAUGCUUUGUGGUGUUUCAAAUGGAAUAAUAAAGUUACAGUGGCAAAAACACGUAUCUUAAUUUUCUUAAGAACUGGGAAGCCUUUCUUACUUUCUCUCAGAUUCUGCAUAAGGUUGCCUUCUUUUCAUGACUUCAGUGCUGCUCCAAAUACCUUACAAUUCUGAUUCUGACUGGAGUUUUGAGUAUUACUUGAUUAGUGAAAACUGGAAAUUUCAUAAAUUAUUUCACGUAUUUAAUGUAUUUGAGUAUCUCCAUGAUGAAUAAAGGGUAAAAGAUCUGGACUCUUUCAAAUUACAUGUUUUAUUUUCACUGUAAAGCCAUGUAUUUGUUUUCACAUGGACAUUUUACCUAUUCAAAUACAUACUUCCUCAGAAAACUUCAGUUAAUCAGUUAAAGGAGGUAUAGUGUGGUCUGAGUAUUUUAAAGAUAUGUUAUAUAGAAAAGGAGAAUAUACUCAUGCAAUUUUUAAUCUGCAAUUUUUCUUUGAAUAGAAGAACAUCUGUUAGAAGCGGGAAAUGAAUAUCACUUUUAAAACAGGACACUUUUAAAAAGACAUAAAAUUGAUAUUUAAUGACUAUUUAUUUGAAUAUUCAAAGGGUGGUUUUCUGAUGUAAGAAAAUGCAUUAUUUUAGUAUUUUCAAGUCUAUAAUGUGUGUCAUGUAAUGAAUUCAGGACAGAGCUAAGCCUUAUUUAAAGAACCUCCUGCAGUGCAUCUGUAUUUGGCAUCCUGGCUGCAUUACUGAUAUUUAUUACAGCGUGGCUUUUUAUGUAAUAAAGAAUUGCACAAGGGGGUGUGACUGCACAGUCACACACGUGAGUAUAAGUGAGGUGCAUUACAGGUGUGUACGUAAGUGGGCUGAAAGGGUAUCAAAAGUGCCAUGGGAGAAGGUUGAUUGGAGUGUUUUUUAAGAGCAAUGCAUGGCAUAAAGAUUUGAUUAUUGUUUGUGCUUAGUAAGGGAAACAAACUUUUUAAAGUGUUCCACUGUAAUAGAUUUAAGUUUGCUUGACUCGAUAAGUUUCAGGUGCUGUGCAAAACACUUGGGAAUGGAAAGGAGUAUGAGAAUAGCACCUUGUAGCUUCUCAAAUGUGGGAAGCUGCCUUCUUGAAACUCCCCAACCUUAAUGGGAAACUAGCUGUACAUUUCAUUUCCUGAAAGUGGCCUAUGUUUAACUGAUAUUGGAACCUUUUUUUUUUUUUUUUUUUUUUUUUUUUUUUCCCAAUGGGGAAAAUUUAAUUUUCCCCCUCUUAAUGUUUCAGGAAAGUCACUUCCCAUUUAGGGAAAAAUUAGUCCGGGAAGCUUUCCUACUUUAGAAUUCUAACGAUCACAAAUAGUUUCCACUUCAGAGACUACUGUUGUGCAUGUUAGGAAUAAAGGUUAUCCAGAAUCCUAAGAGAAAAACCAUGCUCUUACCCAUAUCCAGUUUGCUUAUUCCUUUUCACCUUUUCAGUGAUUCAUAUAUAUAUAUACACACACACACCUAUACAUAUAUAUAUAUAUAAACAGGGAAGAAAAAACUUCCAUAUAAGUAGGCAAUGUAUGGAUGAGGUAAAUGAAAAGUGAAUUUGUAUGAAGCAUAUCUGACUUAUGAAGGAACUGCUCUGUUCUAACAGUAAAGAUGGAAGAGUACUCUUUUUGGGGUGAUGGGUUGUUUUUGUUUGGGAUUUUUUUUGUAGUUGUUGGUUUAUGCAUUUGGCAACUUGCUACACUAUUUGGAAAGGCUACACCACUGUAGGGAGUACUUCAGAAGCUUCAAAAGCACGAGUGUGCUUUGUUGAUUUCGGCAGUGAGAUGUUGGGAGCAUGGAAAUUGUAAUAGCUGCUGAAUCUGGGGAAAUUGUCACGGGCCACUUCAUGUCUUUACUAUCUCCUGUUGCGUUCCAACUUCCACAGAUUCAAAAUUGCUCUUUUCUGUGUUACUGUUAGUGAAAUGUACUACUUUGUCAUCAAACUAAAAGGAGAAUCAAAUAAAUAUACUUUUCUUAA